CAAGGAAUCGUCAGCUGUGUAACCAAGCCUUAAUUCAUGAAGCAUAAAUAAUUUACUCGAAAUAUUUACUCUGCUGUCGAAGAAAUGUUGUAGUUGCUGUUGUUUAAAAACAUAUUUCUUUCCUGUUCUACGAACUUAUCGCAGAAUCUGACAAUGUCGAGUGAAUAUCCUAGUGCACCACCGCCUCCUUACGCACCUACAAAUGAAUCCUAUCAACAACAACCGCCACAUUCACAGCAACCUUAUAGUACACAGCCGUAUCCACCUCAGGGUUAUUCAAGCGAUCCUUAUAACGCUCAACCUUAUUCGCAACAACCGCCACAACAGCCUCCACCUUCAGAGCCGUUUGGUACACAGCCUUAUCAUUACGGUAAUAUAGAUGAAGGCAGCGAUUUCGACACGGCUGGAGCCUUCACUGAAAGGUCUAUUCGUGCAGGUACCGUACAUACACAAAUUACACACUAGACACAGUACAUAAUUUCGUGUUUAUGUACUUUAUAUGACUUUUAUUUUGACUUUGUAUCAGUCUGGGCAGUGUUGAGUUUCAUGUGCUUUCAUUUUUAUUCGUUAUUGAUCAAUUAAGAAAUGAUUAUAUAUUUUUUAUCACUGUAAACAAAAGUGAAACAAGAAUGAUUCAAAUGUAGAUUAGGUGUUUGAAAUGCAUACUGAUUAUCAUAUACGAUCGCCAUGAGCUCAUGACUGAGUUUAUCCUGUGGCUUAUCGAAAUGUGAACUUGUUGUAUGAUAACAUGCAUUUAUAUCAUCAAUAUACCAGGAUGCAUUCUAUGUGAACUCUAUGCCGGAAAUAUGCAAACAUUUGCCCUUGACCAUGUCAAUGUAUUUUUAAAAAAUCUACUUUUACCCAAAUACCCAAUGUCAAAAUAGACAGUCACUGUGAUAUCCUGUGUGCUUUUAAUAAGACUGUAAACAACUGUGAGUAAUCUCAUGCCAACAAAUUUUGUAACCUUGCUCCAGAGAUCUAUGGCACGGAGUGCAUAUGGAAUAAAUAAAUGCCCCCUGUUGAACAUAGAAGGCCAAAUGGCAAACCACCUUGAAUAUUUUGCAAGCAAUGGAAUGACAAGCCUGGCUGGUCUUAAAUGCAUUAAUUUACAGCACCUUCACAGCAUUGGUCAUCUGUGCAUUGCAGGAUUAAUCUCUUCGACCAAUCAAUUGUCAGAAUUCAUAGUAACAGUUAGAGGUGUGCAUCGGAUCGGAUUGGACGUUUAUAAUCCGACAAUUGACUAAUGUUAAAAAUCCUAUCCGAAAUUGUCUAAUUCGAAUCCGAUCUGAGUUGUGAUAAAGAAUUUCAAUCCGAUCCGAAGAAUCCUUUAACAAAAUAAAUUUCUCAUUCAAGUUGAAAUGUUUAAUUAACCAAAUAAAUAUAAAAACAAGAAAUACAUGUCAAGAAGCCGACAAAGUGACAUCCAAUUGAAGUAUCAAACGAAAAAUGCAGUGACAACCGCGAUAAUGCUUUGAUAAAUGCAUGGAUAAUUAAUUCUUGCAAUAAUGCGUGGAUAAUUAAUUCAUUUUAUUUCAAAUAUCGAAGUCCGAUCCGACUACAAAACAACUUUAUCAAUCCGAUCCAAAUUGUAUAUUUUUGUUCCGAAAUCCGAACGUAUCCGAUCGGUUUCGGAUUGGAUUUGCACACCCCUAGUAACAGUAACACAGCUUUUUCAAGAGACAGAAUAUGACUAGCUUGAACACUGGGAAAAAUUCAACAGAUAUAGAGAUUACUUCAUGGUUGGUGAGCGUGUACGGUUUUUAUUCACGAGUGGAUUAUUACAAGUGAACGAGUGAGUGCAGCGAACGAGUAUUUGCGAACCAACCAUGAUGUGAUUUGUUUAUUAUAUAAAUACUGAGAUUUCAUUCACGAUGACAAAGUUUUAAUGUUGUUAAAACGUUAUUAAAGUUUUAAUAUUAGUUUUCAAAGUUUUUUGUCUUCCUAAAUGCUCAAUCGUUGAUAAUAAUGCUUGCAACCGGGUAGUUUUUUUCUUAAGAUGUCGCUCGAAGAUUGCUAAUACAAUAGACUUCGGAGAAAAAAUGGCUCGUAUAUUUUUCCCGUCUUUGGUUCUGACCAAAUUGAUAAACUCAGUCAGACACGUACAUACUCGUUCAGUUCUGCUGUCAGAAUAUCUUCCAUUUUUCUUUCUUCAUGCAUUCUUGGUUUCCAAAAACAUGUGUAAUACAGUAAUAGUUUUACAUCUCGUUCGGCUUUUUGUGAGGUAUACUAGCUUUAUUUUCUUGUUCUGAAAUAAAACUGUCAACAGAAACGGCGUCCGUAAAUCACACAGCCAUUAAUUAUGAUUUUCAAAUUGAAAUAGGUUUCAUGCCAAAAAGUUUGUGGUGGAAAACAAACGUAUUUUUCAGUACGAUCAUUUUUCACUAGUGAAAAAACAUCGUUCGUCCAAUCAGAUGGUGCGAACGAUGUUGUUUCACUCGUGAAAUUUUAUCGUUCGCGUCGCUGAUUGGCUGUGGCAAAAUUCCGUACGAUUAUUACGCAAUGUCAUUUUAAUGAAUAAAUCUCAGUACUUAUAUAAUAAAAGAAAAUAUAACUUAGUACUGUUUUUAAAUAAGCCAGAGUUCUGACCUUGAUAAGACAGUUCUUGCACAUGACAGUUAUUUCACCAAGAGAAUUUAAUUAAAUCCUAUGCAAGGUGUAUAUUAACCCUUAAGUUGCAUUGUGCCCUACUUUAUUGUUUUACUCAAUGGAUUAAAUUUAUAUUUGCUAAAUUUGGCCUUGUAUAAUUGAUAAUUUAUACCAAUCAAGUCCCCCACAUUAAUUUGGCAGGAGACUCCCGCAUGUCGGAGACAUUAAUCAUGCAUCAUCUCCCUCCCACAUGAAGUUUCCUGCAAAGUUCCUUGUGUUUCACUGACAACAAAGCAGUGUUGGGAGUGUUUCUAAUGUCUUUUUAAUACAUUUUUGUUGUCCUUUUAAAGGACAACUAGCUGAGAUGCUUCAAGCACCAGUAACAACUAGCUAUAGUAGAACUGAAUAGUUGAUGAAAGUAAAUGUAUCUACAAAUGUCACAUUGCCAUCUCUUAACAGCUAGAUGCAUGUAGCACAGCUGGGUAUAUAAGAGUGCUCUGAAUGUGGUUUUAGUAACACUUUUCUCCGGUCAUAUAAUUGUUUACUUGAUGUAGCCCUUGUAGUAAGGGACUGAAGAUUAGAAAAGUGAAGGUGGGAGUGGUGGUGGGGGAAAGGACAGAAUAAAAUCCAUACAAGAUGAAGCUUUCUGAAAAAAUUAACAGCCAAAAGAUAUGGCAGGAAAAAAAUUAUUAUUAAUAAUAUCACAAUACGAAAGAAGUUUUUCUUGUAUGUACACCAAGUGAACCAUAAAAAGUCCAUGUAGACAGAAACUCCAACCUCCCCACACACACUUUUCUAAUGGUCCGUCCAUAACAUGUUACUGCGUGGGUCUUCUGUCUAGCUAUCUUCCCCCAGUCCUAUUCACAUACAUUUGAAGUAUAGAUGUUUUCAAAAGAGUUUUGGCCACUGCCUUAAUUUUUAAAUAUGACAUUUUCUGUUUUAACUUAACAGGCUUCAUCAGAAAGGUAUGUCCUUAAUUUUUUAAAAUUUUUAAUGGCAACUGAUACCUUAAUGACAUGCACUUCACUAUUCUAUUCUGCUGCAGAUAUCUCUGCUGUACAAUAUUUUGGGGGAAGGAUGUGAAGUCACGUCUCUUUUAUCUUUAAAACGUGUAGGUGUAUUCAAUUCUCAUGUGUCAACUUGUUGUAACGGUGGCAUUUAUUGCAUUUUUCUUGUAUUGGUAGGUAAUUUAAAUUCUUCAACUCAUAAUAUAGCACAGUAUUAUUGUUUUGAUACUGUCAGUGGUAAUAACAUUACCAUAAAAUAAUAAAGUUAAAAUUCAUAAUUCGUUUCUGCAAAAGCCUAAUUAAUAUAAUAUAUCCAUCACAUACUCGACUUCGUUUAUUAAUGGCCCCUUGAUGAUGAUCACAACUACCAGAAUGAAAGCACUUAAAAUUAAAAUAACCUUGAAAACAGAUACAAUAUAUUGUGUAAAAUUAACUCCAUGUCUAACAAGUCACAACUUCAAAUAGCCUGCGAACAGGCUCUCAUGCUGAAUUGAGAGCCUGCAUCGAUGACUAAUGAAUUUGAAUAUCUGCCCCGUAACGUUCGUUUUUCCAAAUAUGGAAUGUCUAUCCUUAUAUGGUGUUGUUUACAACUUUCGUGCAAACUAAAUUUAGACCGUGCAAACUAAAUUUAGACCGUACAGUUUAUACAGUUUUUCGAAAUAUAAGAUAUUCAAGCAAAAGUUCAAAUGUUUUAAAUACUGUUUUCUCAAAACAGAACAUUUCGUGCUUUGAGAUAAGACGGCCAAGACCAAUUUGAGCAGUUAAUGUGUUUUUUAUGCAUAGUGCUUCAGCAGUUGACAUAUAUAGAGCUCAGCGGAAACAUAUAAAUUAUAGCAUCUGACCAACGAGAAUUUCGCGUCACGAUUUGAGACGCAGAUAUUCAAAUUCAUUAGUCAUCGAUGCAGGCUCUCAAUUCAGCAUGAGAGCCUGUUCGCAGGCUACAACUUCAAAUAUAAUACCAUACAAUUUGUAUAUUAUUAUGGUGUUUUAAGUAAGAAAUAUGGGAAUUUUUAUUUUUAGCCUCGCACUGUUUUGGAAUAACUAGCAAUUACGUGACUGGUCACAUGACUACAAGAAAUUUCUUUUCAUGCUCAAUAGACAAUAUCUCUUUCAACCAAAUACAGGAUUUGCACUAAAACCACAAGGAAUAUAUAAAGAAACGUAACUGAUUUGUUAGAUUUUCUUCAUAGAAAAUUGACAGUUUGUUUAACAACUACAUUAUUACGCGUCAUUUGUAUUUUUCUUUAUUCUUUAAUGUUAAAGUGACCCAGUGAAAGAAUAUGCCGAGGAUCACGUUGGACUGUUCAUUGCUGCAGUGUAAGUAUGGCCUACACUGGCAACAAAAUGGAAUGAUCUGACUUGGAUCAAUUCUCAUUUUGAAUAAUUCCUUAACCUUUUAAUGUUGACAUGAAUCUAUGACUUUAUAAUAUAGGGUAAAAAGAGUAAAUUAAGGCUGAAUAAUCCCGAAUAGAACAUCUAACAGAGUUCGUACGGGUCCUGGAAAACCUGGAAAGUCAUGGAAUUUCAAUAUUCCAAAAUCCAUGACCUGGAAACCUGGAAAAUCCAUUUUAGUCAUGGAAAGCCAUGGAAAAUUGAAUUUUUACAUGUCAUUAACAAAGUAUUUUACGUAUUUCAAUUUACCAGUCAUAACAAUAUUAUUAAUUGUUGUUAUAUAACGAAUUUUUGCAAGAGGGAAGUGAAUUUUGUUCUUUUAUUAUUUGUUAUCGUUAAAAUAUUAACGAAUUUCAGAAAUUCCAGACUUCCAGGUCAUGGAUUUUGAAAAAAAUGGUCAUGGGAAGUCAUGGAAUUUUAAAUGGGAGAAGGUGUACCAACCCGGAUCUAAACUAAUUAAACUACAAAGCUGGCUGCCUAAAUCUUCGCUAGAUAGUUAUCCAUAUACAAAUGUUGACGUCAGCACAUUUUCAAAUGUCAUGAUUGAAACUACAUUUUUACAUGCUAUUCCAUGCAUGAAUUGUGGCUAGAAGACGACGUUAUUUCAGCAACCAUUUGAAUUUUUGGCGGCGAUAUUCGUGUACAGAUAGUUCGACGCGAUUGGAAACCAAUGUGGCGGUCAAGAAGCAAGUAGCGCUCAACAAAACCAAUUUUUAAGCCAAAUGUUUAGAUUGAAAGUAGCCUCCUUGACUCGUCCCCAGUGAACUCAAUUUAUUUUAUUUUACUUGGAACGAUAAAGUGAAGCCUCGCAUGAGCAACGCGUCAGCAAUGGCGUCAGCCCUCCACGCCAUUUCCACGCGAUAUAGACUAUAGUACGCAUUCAAUACGUCAAUUUGUUGUGGGUUUUUUCAAAAACGGAUUUAAAAACAGUACUUUUUCGCAUAACGAAGUAUGCUGUCCUUUGUAAUUUGCCUAAGAAAGAUUACAGAAGAAAAGUAGGAGGAAAUAAUUUUUCAAUAACCAAAGUAAGUCGAUUAAAGGGACAGCGUUAUACAAAAUGUAACAAAAUCGUUCAUCCCGCAUUGAAUGAUGGGAAUGUAUCAGUUUUUAGUUAGAGCAUUCCCAUGGGCCUUUGUGUCCUAUUGUUCCAACCCUCAGAUGCCUGCUAAUUUGCACCUGCAUUAUCUUAUUUUUUGCGAAGAAAAUUCACGGGACUGUGGAAGAGUUAGGUAACCUCCCUAUGUUGCUGCUCGCGCCACAACUCCAACCCCUUAAAACCGCUAGCUACGUAGUCUACCUAUCUAAAGCCCUAGUUAUAAUUGUAUAUACAACAAAUACGCUUAAUUAAAUUGCAAUUGGAAAAAUAUGUUGCAUGUAAGUAACAUUUCAAGUCAUCCAACAGUUACUUUUAUUCGCAGCAAGAGUGUGGCAAAUGACAAUUUAAGCUUUUACCAUAGAUUAAGGAAUGAAUAGAUGGCUCACUCCUUUGAUGUUUUUGACGCUGCCGGCGCCCACGCAUGUUCUUGCCAGAGUAAUGGCGGCCUAGCAAGUAACUGUAGUAAAAUGCAUUGUAAAAUUGACAUCGGUGCUAUUAAAUCCUGUAUUUUUCCUCUUUUGGGGGGUUUAAUGGAAAGAUAAAUCAGAAUUAUAAAAAUACAGAAUUUAGUAGCACCGAUGUCAAUUUUACAAUGCAUUUUACUACAGUUACUUGCUAGGCCGCCAUUACUCUGGCAAGAACAUGCGUGGGCGCCGGCAGCGUCAAAAACAUCAAAGGAGUGAGCCAUCUAUUCAUUCCUUAAUCUAUGCUUUUACUGUGUGCGCACCGCACCAUAUUAAUUGAAUUAGUGAGCUAUUUUUUUUUUCAAAAGUUGGACGUUAUUUUUGUCAAAAAUGUUUGGUAAUGCAUACAAGAAAAAUAUAAACACAAGACACAGUAAUUAACUUUCCACUUUUGCACAUGUUGAACAAUAUAACUGGGAAGAUUUGGGAACGAAAAAGAGUACAAGUUGGAGGAGACGCUAAUCGAGGUCUUAAGAUAAAUAGUAAUGCCCAGCAUAAAAUACGUAAAAGAGCCAUAACAAAAAUAUAGUUUAAAAUAUUUAUUAGAAAGCUAACGUUUCGUCUUUAACUUAAGACAUCUUCAUGUCUUAAGUUAAAGACGAAACGUUAGCUUUCUAAUAAAUAUUUUAAACUAUAUUUUUGUUAUGGCUCUUUUAUGUAUUUUUAUGCCGGGCAUUAAUAUUUAUCUUAACUUAAGAUUACGAUUUCCGCCUGGCUAAUCGAGGUCUUAGAAAACAAUGUUGACAUCAACGUUAAUUUUAUCGACUCAAAAUAUCGACUCGUUAUAGUUACCGGCUGUAACGAUAAAUGAAACAUAUAAGGCAACCUAAUUUAUAGCCAACUUAUGUAAUUUUGUGACUUUUAACUUCUAACGUUCUAUUGAGUAUAUAUUGAACAUAGUCAUCUAAAUUCGAAACAAAGUUUCAAAAUACCUGGAGAAAAAGGAAAAGUUGUGAAAUAACUUACAUACAUUACAGUUUCAAACGUUCUUGUCAACAAGAUAAGCUAUAUUAUUAUUUGGAACACCCUGCAUGCGUUUUAAAAGUGGAGGCCACACAGAGGUUUGCUGCUAUAGUGAGUUUUGUUUAAAAUUCAGAUCUGCCUUGUACAGUAUUUUUGUUUAUACAAAUAGGUCUGCUUUCGUGGCUUUUAAAUUUUAUUAUAUUUUAGGGUGAUGUCAUUUGUUCUGAUUAUUGCUCUUGCAUGCUGCGAAAGCCUAAGGUAUUGAGAGUAUAUACUGUACACACGAGAGUUAUGUCAGUAGUAUAUAUAGACCUUAAGUAGUAUGUCAGACAGUAUAUAUAGACUCUAUAAAAAAAAGACUCAAAUAUAGGCUCUUUUGUCUGAAGAGUGCCAAACAGCAUAUUUAUUAUUAUUAUAAAGCACUCCUGUUCGUGUUUUAAAUAUAGUACAUGCAUAUUAAUAUAUAUAUAUAUAUAUAUAUAUAUAUAUAUAUAUAUAUAUAUAUAUAUAUAUAUAUAUAUAUAUAUAUAUAUAUAUAUAUAUAUAUAUAUAUAUAUAUAUAUAUAUAUAUAUGAAAUGUGCAAUAACAUUGGCUAUUAGUAUUGAUUGUGUUCCUAGUUGUGACCAUGUACAGGUAUCAUGUAUUCGUGUUUACUACCUUGAUUUUAAUUGUAUGGUGGUAAAAAAUAACUCCAUUCAUGUCUAACAAGCCACAAUCUCAAAUUUAUAUUUAAAACUUAUUUAUGCAUUUUUAUGUGUCAUCCCUUUUGUUGAAAAAUAAUAGAGUUUCAUUUUUUUUACCAUUUUAAAUAAUAUACUUUCUUUUAAUGGUAUACACAUGGAUUGUUUUUGCAGGAGAAAAUUUCCUCACAACAUCAUUCUUCUCGGUCUUUUUGUGAGUGUCAUAUCAUUAAUAAUGAUCUAUUUUUGAUCCGUCUUUAUACUUUAUAUCAAUUUCAUAUAACGAAAAAUGUUAUUUGUCUUGUUUUUAGACUCUUUGCGAGGGAUUCCUUUUGGGUGCCGCCGCAAGGUAGCUAUUCUCCUUUUUAUGUUCUUAUUCAUGAUGUAUAGGCCUGUGUAGUUAACCUGCAU